GAUCAAAGGAUGCUCACUGUUGAUCAGAUUUCACAAGAAGAAAGUCAAAACAUGACUGCAACAAGUGUGAAAAUGCAAACGGAAGCGUUUAGUAGUGAAAAGGCAAUUUCGCAGCAACAGCAGCGACAAACAGUUACAUCGUCAGGAAUAUUUAAUCAUGAAUCAAAACACGUGGCACAAACUUCACAAUCAAAUUAUAAAAUCACGUCAAAAGGCUCAGUGAUCUCAUCAUCUCAGAUUCAUUCUUUACCAAAUAUGGCAGCCAAACAAACGGAAGAAGAACUUUUAGCUUUAGGAUUUGAAGAUCUCGAAAGGUUAGAUUCUAGAUCUAGUACGGAAAAGGUUGAAUCUGCAAUUAGAAAAUAUUCGAGUCUUCUUCACGGUUUCGUACAAAUUCUUAGAGCUAAUAAUGGUUCGUUAGGAAAAACACCUAAGAUUUUAAAUCGUAUAAAUCAAAUGAUACGAAAAGCAUGGGAAGUACCCACACACGGACACGAAUUAGGGUAUUCUCUCUGCGAUGCCCUUAGAAAAUGUGGCGGAUUAGAUAUAAUUAUGUUUCAUUGCGUUGCCGCCGAUAAGGAUUUACAAUUUUCAAGUGCUAGGUUAUUGGAACAAUGUCUUACGACGGAAAAUCGUGCACACGUUGUAGAAAACGGUUUGGAAAAGGUAGUAAAAGUUGCUUGCGUUUGUACAAAAAAUGUAAAUAACGAACAUUGUAGAGUAGGAACGGGUAUUUUAGAACAUCUUUUUAAGCAUAGCGAAGGAACUUGUAGCGAUGUUAUCCGAUUGGGUGGAUUGGAUGCCGUUUUGUUUGAAUGUCGAAAAAACGACGUGGAAACUUUGAGGCAUUGUGCGAGUGCCUUAGCUAACCUUUCACUUUACGGUGGAGCAGAAAAUCAAGAAGCCAUGAUCAAAAGAAAGGUUCCCAUGUGGCUGUUUCCUCUCGCUUUUCACAACGACGAUAACAUAAAAUAUUACGCGUGUUUGGCAAUAGCCGUACUCGUGGCUAAUAAAGAAAUAGAAGCGGCUGUGUUAAAAUCUGGUACUUUAGACUUGGUAGAACCCUUCGUGACAUCUCAUAAUCCCAGCGAAUUUGCAAAAUCGAAUUUGGCACACGCUCACGGUCAGAGCAAACACUGGCUACAAAGACUAGUUCCGGUACUCAGUUCGAAAAGAGAAGAAGCGAGAAAUUUAGCAGCUUUUCAUUUUUGCAUGGAAGCCGGUAUAAAACAACAGCAAGGAAACACGGAAAUAUUCGAAGAAAUAGGCGCGAUAGAACCUUUGAAAAAAUGUGCGAGUUGUCCCAACGCGGUGGCAUCGAAAUACGCAGCACAAGCCCUGAGAUUGAUCGGAGAAGAAGUGCCUCAUAAACUAAGUCAACAAGUGCCUUUAUGGUCGACCGAAGACGUGCGAGAAUGGGUCAAACAAAUAGGAUUUGCCGAAUAUGCAUCUAAUUUUGCCGAAAGUAGAGUCGAUGGAGAUUUAUUACUUCAACUCACGGAAAAUAAUUUAAGAGACGACAUCGGAAUAGCUAACGGAAUAAGAAGAAAACGGUUUACGAGAGAAUUACAAAAUUUAAAAAAAAUGGCGGAUUACAGUAGUAAAGACACGACGAAUUUAAAUUCGUUUUUACAAACCAUCGGACCCGAAUUUCCAAUAUACACAUAUUCCAUGCUUAACGCGGGAGUCGACAGAGAUUCGUUGAGAAAUUUAAAAGAAGAACAAUUGACUCAGGAAUGCGGUAUUGCAAACAGCAUUCAUAGGUUAAGAAUAUUAGAUACCAUAAAAGUACUCGAAGAUAACAUAGUGAAUUCGAGCGAGGAAAAUCUCGAUAAAUCUUUAGACGUAUUCGUCAGUUAUAGAAGAUCGAACGGCUCGCAAUUAGCUAGUCUAUUAAAGGUUCAUUUAGAAUUACGAGGUUUCACGGUAUUCAUUGACGUGGAAAGGCUCGAAGCUGGAAAAUUCGAUAAUAAUUUAUUACAAAGCAUUCGUCAAGCUAAAUUUUUCCUUUUGGUUUUAACUCCUAAAGCUUUGGAAAGGUGCAUAGCGGAUGUCGAUUGUAAAGACUGGGUUCACAGGGAAAUAGUUGCUGCUCUUCAAUCGCAGUGCAAUAUAAUACCGAUAAUAGAUAAUUUUCAAUGGCCGGAUCCGGAAGAAUUACCGGAAGAUAUGAGAGCCGUAUGUCAUUUUAACGGUGUGAGAUGGAUUCACGAUUAUCAAGAUGCUUGCGUUGAUAAAUUGGAAAGAUUUAUGAAAGGAGAAUCCAUGGUGAAUCAAGGAAGAAUGGGUAUUGGAAAGGGCGACGUGACACCGAGCACGCCGAGCACGAUAAGUAGGCAACCACCCAAUUAUCAAAGAAUGCUUAGCAAUGAUAGUAACGGUAAAGGAAGCGACAAAGAAACGGGAGGGAAUUCAGGGGGAUCGAAAGAAUGA